GGGGAGGCCGAUCCUGCUGCAGCUGUGGGGGAGGCUGGACUCUCCCAACGGCGCUGAGGGCCCAGCUGGGGGUAGCCAGGCUUUGGGGAGCUGCCUGCCCCACGGGCACAGCUCUCUAAUCCCGAAGCCAUUGGAGCUGGGGAGCGCAUGAAGUGGGGUUGCAUCUUAGCUGGGACCAGGUGCCCCGGGAUGCGGUACCCCCGUCUGUCCCGUCGCCUGUUUCUCAUCCAGCCUCCGGCUGUUGACAGCAUCCCAGCCCCGGCCCCCGCAUGCAGCCGGCCAAGUCCUUCCCACCUGUGCCGGCCCCCAGGGAGGGCCAGCGGGCAGCCCGGGGUGGGCUCACACACACACACACGCACGCACGCACACGCAUGCUCCAGGUGCCAGGAGACGGAGCACGGGCCACGGCCACCAUGGGCUCCGGGGCCACGAACCUAUGCGGGGGGCUGGGGCUGAGCCUGGGCCUGGCAGGCGUCUUGGGCAGGAGCUGCAUCUUUUACGAGCACCCCAGCGUGCGGGGCAGCCUGCGGCACCAGGGCCGCGCGCUGACGGGCACCGAGCCUGGCGCUGUGCAGUGCCUUCAAAGCGAAUGCUGCUUUGGCCUCUGGAACCAGAGCCACAUCCUCAUGCAAGGUUGCUGGAGCAGCGACCGGGACGGCUGCCAGGGGGUGGCCUGUGUGCCCAGUCCUCGCGCCAACCUGCUGCGCUGCCUCUGCCGUGCCGAUCUCUGCAACGCCAACAUCAGCACCCUGGGGGCUGCACCACAGGCGUCCUCGGCCUCCACUCCCUCCGGGCCCCUGUGCAUCGCGGGCGCUGUCCUGCUCUUCCUGGGCUGCCUGGCCCUCCUAGGGCUGUGGCGAGUGAAGGUCUUCUCCAUGCUGCUGAGCUGCCGGGCCCGGGGGAAGCAUGCCAAGGGGGGCCCAGGCCCCAGCUCUGCCCUCCCCAGGGACCCCCCCAGCCAGGAACUGCCGGCGCUUCACUUCCUACAGGUCCUGCAGACCGGGCGCUUCUCGAUGGUGUGGCGUGGCUCCCUGCGGGGGGUGCCCGUGGUGAUCAAGGCCUUCCCUGCCGCCAGUGACCAGCACUUCGCAGCUGAGUGGGGUGUCCUGAGCCGGCCUCUCAUGAACCAUGACAACCUGGUCCAGCUCCUGGAGGCCAGGCGGGGGGAUGGGCCCAGUAGGCGAGGUGGGCUGCUGGUCAUGCCACUCUAUGCCCAAGGCUCCCUGCGGUACUUCCUGGGUCAACAUGCCAGCCCCUGGGAGGGCACCGUGCGCCUGGCGCUGUCGCUGGCCUGCGGCCUGGCCUUCCUCCAUGACGAGCUGUGGCGUGAUGGGUUAUACAAGCCAAGCGUGGCCCACCGGGACCUGAGCAGCCAGAAUGUGCUGGUGCGGGACGACGGGGCCUGCACCAUCGCUGACUUUGGGCUGGCUAUAGUGCUGCCCACCAGCCCCGAGGCCUGGCCCAGGGACCGCUCGCCCACCGCCAUCAGGAAGCUGGGGACACAGCGAUACAUGGCCCCCGAGAUCCUGGACGAGAGCCUGGACCUGCGGCGCUGGGGCUGUGCGCUGAAGCAGGCCGACGUCUAUGCGUUUGCCCUGGUGCUCUGGGAGAUCCUCAUGCGCUGCCCUGCGCUCUUCCCAGGCUGCAGCGUCCCUGAGUUUCGGCUGGCCUACGAGGCGGAGCUGGGCAGCAGCCCCAGCCCCACGGCGCUGCGGAGGCUGGCGGUGGAGCAGCAGCGGAGGCCAGCCAUCCCGCAGGCCUGGAUGGGCACCAGAGGGGUCCCUGGCUGCCUGCAGGAGCUGCUGGAGGACUGCUGGGACCCCGACCCCGAAGCCCGGCUGACGGCCAAGUGCGCCCACCAGCGCCUGCAGCAGCUGGGGCCGGAGCCUCCCUUAGGGGGGCCCUGAGCCAGCUGGGCACCCGGACGCGAGGCCGAAGACGGUUCCUUAUUUCCACAUCCCUUUUCACCGCUCAUCCUUGCCACCUUGAGGACGGCGGCAAUGACCGGGGCGAGCUGAAGGCUCCGGGUUUCAUCCGCGACGCGCCUUUGCUAAUAAAAGUGUGUGAUC